AAUAUCGAUUCCGGUUUCUGCCUUCUAAUGGUAGCUUAACAGUUCGUAAGUUCUUACUGACAAAUCUUUCAAGUUUUUGCAUUUUAAUAUUAACGCUUAAAGGAUAAAGUGCUUCUUGUUUUAAAAGUCAAUAUAAAUUUUUGUAUGAGUCAAAAAGUAGAGAAGCCAGUUUUAUCCGGUCAGCGUAUAAAGACCAGAAAAAGAGAUGAAAAAGAGAAGUAUGAUCCCUUUGGAUUUAGGGAUGCAAUAAUUACUGGGCUCGACAAAUGUGGUAAUGAUUUUGAAAAUAUUUCACGAUAUUUAGACGGUGCAGGCAACAAACUUGAUUACCGUCGAUAUGGAGAAUGUCUGUUUGACAUACUUAUUGCUGGUGGGAUUUUGGUUCCUGGAGGUGCAAUAUCUCAAGAAGGAGAUCCUCCAUACAAGACCGAUGUUUGCAUCUUCAAUGUUCCAGAUGACAUAAACUUAGAAGUUAUGAAAAGUUGGGAGCAAGUCGUCAUAAAACUUAUGCGUCGAUAUAAAUACUUGGAGAAAAUUUUUCAAGAUGAAAUUCGAAAAAUUUUAUUGUUUGUAAAGUACUUUAGUCCUCCUGAGAGGAAAAAGUUAUCUGUGAUGGUGUCGUUGUGGAUUUCAAACGGCAGCAUCCCGUUCAACUCGGUGUUGGUGUUAAAUAAUUCUCAUCUGGUUAAAGAACAUGUGGCACUCGAUUUUCUGAUAGAAAUAUUCAAGUGGUGGCGACAAGAAAAGGGAGUAAAUUCUCUCUAUUCUGCAAUAAAAAAAGCCAACAUCGAAACGCACUUGAUGAGCUUUGUGCCUGAUACGAAACAGUCGCAAAUGUAUUUCCGUAAUGCAUUCAUGGAAAACGAACUGGAAGACAUUUUGAAAUUAUACAAUGAUCAACAUCAGCAACAGGCAAAGAAAGAGUUGCAAAUACUAUUGAGUGAAAGUCUUCAAGAGGGAAAAUCGUUAAAAGAUACCAUUACAGAAAUUAAGGAAUUUUCCAAUCGCGAAACAAUUCAAGAACACGAGAUUGUCUGCAUAAUAUGGUCUACUGUUAUGUCAGUUCCAGAGUGGAAUAAAAAGGAAGAACUAGUUACUGACCAAGCCGUUCGCCAUUUGAAACAGUAUACAAACUUAUUCUCAGCAUUUACCCAAAAUGCCCGUUCCGAAUUGAAUUUGUUGCUCAAGAUUCAAGACUAUUGUUAUUCAAACAUGACGUUUAUGCGAGCCUUCCAAAAGAUCAUAAUGUUGUUUUAUAAAACUGACGUUAUUUCAGAGCAAGUAAUUUUAAAAUGGUAUAAGCAAGAUUACAACGUAAAGGGUAAGAUGAUGUUUGUGGAUCAAAUGAAAAAUUUCGUCGAAUGGCUGCAGAAUGCAGAAGAGGAAAGCGAUUCGGACGCAAGCAGCGACUAGGUAGCUUGUUAAUUAAUGAUUGAUUGGUUGUAAUUAAUAUGGAAGGAUAUACAUAGUUUUUGUUGUAAUGGUGCGAGAAAUAUUUGUACCUCAAAAUUUAUUUGCUGUUAACCGAACUGGAAAAUGCGGCUAUUUUUCUUAAAAAUAGAAAAUUAUGUUUUAAGUCAACAUUAAAUUUAAAUGUUUUUUUAUUAUUAUCAUUACUGCUACUACAACCACUAAUUAGGUAACUCAUUACUACUCUACUGCUGAUACUAUUACAAAGCAGGGAUAGUUCUGUGUAAAUUUUUAUGUUAAAAACAUUAGGAAAAAAACUCCAAAAUAUUGAAGAUAAUAUUACUUUCCUUUUUUAAAAAACAUCGAGUUCUUGGCUUUCAUUAUUUUCUCUGUUUUACUCAUGUAAAAAUCCUGGACUGAUAAGGAUCGUUUUGUUCCAUUCUGAGUUUGAAAAAACAUUCUGAAGCUGAAUUGAUUACUUUUUUAAUAAUGUACAACAUGUACUUUUUUACCGAAGGCGCUAAUAUUUUAUUAAAUAAAUAAUCGAAAAAAUCUCACAUAAUCGAAAAGUAGUUUAUACAUCAAAUGGCUUUUUACAUAAAGUGCCUGUGUAUGCGAUACCACUUUACAUUUUGAAUAUAUUAAUUCUUGGAACUAUUGCAGUUUGGCGGUAUCCCGUGUACUUAAGAAUAGAGAACCCCCCAAAAAAAUAUUAACAGUCCUAUGCUUAUUGUUACAGUUAUUUUCUUGUUAUAAAAAUGAACCGUUCAGCUUGAGAAUCGCUUUUUUUCUAGCUUAGAAGGGGCUAAAAGCAAUCUUUAUCUGCCUAUCUCUGUUUUUUCGACUAAACCAAUAAGAAUGUGUUCACUGGUGCCUUAAACCGUUUCACUUUAAAUUAAUGAAGUAUGCUACAAAUCUUCUGUAUUUCUAUUUUAAAGCAAAGCUAAAGCAUAGUACUACUUUCACCAUUAGUUUUCUAUUUAUAUUACAAGGUAGAAACAAAAUAAUUAAUUUAACGAAGAAAACUCGUUGAUUGAUUAUUGCUGCUAACUUUAAUUAUUUGGCUUUAUCUUAUAUUCAGGCAGGUUGUUGGGCCCCUCACAAAUAAAGAAAAACAAAGUUAC